UCUCUCCUUAGCUCGAGCUAGCCUGCACCCACAAAAUAGCCCCUUAUAUACUCUUUUGUUUACAAGAUUAAAAAAAUGAUUAUAGUUUUCUCUGAUGGCUUACUGAGCCGCGUGUUCUUCUCCUUGUCAUAAACCUUCAAUGCUUGUUUAUUGUCUAUUUUCUAUUAAAAAAAUCUUCAUUAUUUAUUUUUCUUGUAUUCUCUCUUUUAUGUAAACACACAUAUUUCUUCCUCUUCUAUACAAAAUAUAUCAUUCCCUUUCACUAAUCUAAAAUAACCCUUACUUCUUAACUUGGUCUUUUUGCCUAUCUCCAUCCUUCAUCUGAUCUCUAAACUACAUAUCAUGAAUGGCGGCUUCUGCUAGUGUUUUGGGGCACCUUAAAGAAGACGUCCUUAAACAGAUUUCAACCAUGAACGAUUACACAUGUUGUUCAGACCCUCCAUUCGAGGAGACAUAUACGAGGCUCUUCCAUAAGCACAAUGUGGGACCCACCACCCACACGACCACCACAGUUGAAGAGCGAGACCUACCCCUUAUAGAUUUGGCGCAAUUGGAGGGAAAGGAAAAGGAGAAACGAGAAAAAUGUAAGCGAGAAAUCGCAAAGGCAUCAAGGGAGUGGGGAUUCUUCAUUGUGGUGAACCAUGGCAUCCCACCACAUAUAUUAGAGGAAAUGACUAAGGAGCAAGUAAAAGUGUUUAGAGAGCCUUUCUAUAAGAAGAAAGCAGACAAUUGUAUGAACUUAAGACUUUCAUCCGGGAGUUACCGUUGGGGUGCACCCACAGCCACAUGUCUGGCUCAAUUAUCUUGGUCCGAAGCUUUUCACAUACCUUUGACGGACAUUUGCAACACCAGUCCUAAUGUUGUUGCUACCACCAAUCUUUGCUCGACGGUGAAGCAAUUUGCUACAACAGUGUCUGAAUUGGCUAAUAAAUUGGCAAACAUAUUGGCAGAAAAUUUGGGUGAUGAUAAAAAAGUGUCCUUUAUUGAAGAAAAAUGUGUUCCAAAUAGUUGUUACUUAAGGAUGAAUCGAUACCCACCAUGCCCAAAAUAUGCCAAUGUAAUGGGUUUAAUGCCACACACAGAUAGUGACUUCCUCACAAUAUUGUACCAAGAUCAAGUUGGAGGUUUACAAUUAAUCAAAGAUGGAAACUGGAUUUCUGUCAAGCCUAUUCCUCAUGCUCUUAUUGUUAAUAUUGGUGAUCUUUUUCAGGCUUGGAGCAAUGGUGUAUACAAGAGUGUAGUGCAUCGAGUCGUUGCGAACCCUAAAAGGGAGAGGUUUUCAACUGCAUAUUUCAUGUGUCCAUCAGGGGAUGCCAUCAUCCAAAGUUACAAACAGCCUUCUAAAUAUAGAAAUUUUAGCUUUAAUGAGUAUAGAAAACAAGUUCAAGAAGAUGUUAAACAAUUUGGUCAUAAGAUUGGACUCUCUCACUUCCUCGUUUGCAACUAGUAUUAAUCCAAAUAUUCUACUUGAAGUGAGCGUCGAUUUAAAUUUACAUUUCCAUAUCACGUCAAGAUUCAAAUUUAACAAAAAAAAAAAAAAAACUUAAGUUGGACGUGUAUACUCUAUUACUUAUCAUGCGGAUUAAACGUUCACUUGUAUUUAGUUUUGUUUUAAGCGAUUAAAUUAAGCAAGUAUUAUUUAGUUUGAAUUUCUAUCAAAAUAAUGAAAAGCAAGUAAAAUAAUCAGUUGGAGAUGUAUUUGAAGUCCUAAUUAAACAUUAUGCAAUAGAA